CUUUUUCCCCCAAAAAGGGCCAAACUUUAUCAUGAUAGCACAUAACCCAAGAAGAAUUAUGAAACCCGCUCCGAUUCAGAAGAUGAAGAAUCAAACACAAAUUAAAAAAACUUUCUUUUGCAUCUUCUCCCUCUGUAACAGAAACAGAGGCUCUGUUUCUGAGAUCUCCUCUGUUUCUAACAUUUUCCUCUGUUUUUUUCCCAGGAAACAGAAUGAAAGUGUCUCUUUUUCUUUUUCCCGGAAGGAGAGAUAUUUGUGAAUAGGUAGCUGCACCCACCUUAAGUUUCGUGUUGAGAAACUUUUCUCGCAGUUUGUUAACGGCAAAGUUGUUAAAGGUUCCUCCUUUUAUUAGAUCAGGGCUUUUGGGAACGUACUUAGCUUGUCUAUAUGUGUCUAGAGCCAUGGAUUCUGAACAGAGUUUUCCUCCAAGAGACGUUGUGAAAUGCUGUGACUUUGUUUGUGAUUAUUCCCUUGGGGCAUGUACUAGAACGGUGAAAAGAAAGUUCAACGAAGAAGGGAACCUUAUGUUGUUGUUGUCACGACGCUCUUCUGAUUCAUCUUCAACCGCAAGGUUACUAGUUGAGAACCAAUGUGCUGCUCUACUUGAGGAUCUUUCUAGCCAGAGGAAGAUAGUGAAAGAUCUUCACUUGGAGCUUGAAGAGGAGAGAAACGCUGCUGCUUCAGCAGCUAACGAGACAAUGUCGAUGAUACUUAGGCUGCAGAGAGAGAAGGCUGAGAUACAGAUGGAAGCUCGGCAAUUCAAAGGGUUUGCUGAGGAGAAGAUGACUCAUGACCAAGAAAAGCUUAAGGUUCUGGAGGAGUUGUUGUAUGAGAAAGAUCAAGCUAUUGAGGCCUUGUCUUAUGAGGUUGAAGCUUAUAAGGAUAGCUUGCUGAGCUGUGGGAUAACUGAAGCAGAGAUGCAAGAUCAGGUUCUUGGUUUUGAAGCUUACCCGUGUGAAUACACUUUGAAAUGUAGUGUGGAUGAUGAGAAUCCGAGCGGGCCAGAUGGUGAUGUUGAGGUUGUGGAGAAGGUGAUGGUUGGUCAGUCUCCAAGAUGGCCAUAUUAUGAUCCAAACUCUCCUUUAGAAGCUGCUAAAGAAAUAAAAGGGACAUUUUCUGCAGACUCUCCUAUGUCUUGUAGUAGUGAUAGAGUUUAUACCAUUGACUCAGUUCACGUGGGAGUCUCUGAAGUUAAGAUUGAUAAUGAGCCUAGUAAGAUUAGCAAGGAGAAGUUGAAAGGUGAUCAUUGGAACUCUCCGAGGUACCAAGAACCGGUGGUUAUGACUCAGCAUGGAGUUAACGAGCCGGAUAUUGAGAAGCUUUACACAAGGCUUCAAGCACUUGAGGCUGACAGGGAGUCAUUGAGACAUACCAUUGUAUCUAUGCGAACAGACAAAGCUCAGUUGGUGUUGCUGAAAGAGAUAGCACAGCAUCUAUCAAAGGAAACUGUCACAACAAAGAGGCGAAACCUGGUUAGCAAAAUGCCAUCUUUCAAAGCAUUCUGUGUAGUAACGGUCUUCAAGUGGAUUGUGUCUUUUGUUUCUUGGAGAAGGAAAGCCAAGCAAAACAAGUAUGUGUACAAUUUGUCAGCAAAUAAUAUGGGGAUGCUAAUGAUUCUAGGCGAGGGAUCUCGAACUAGGAGAUGGAGUUGUUUAACUAGUUCACAUGUCUAGAUUAUCCAUUCUUUUCUCUCUCUUGGCAUAGUUAGUGCAAAUUGAAUGUAUAUUUUCUUUAUUGCAAGACAUGCAAUCAAAUACAUGUAUGGAUGGUUCAGAUUCUUGUUGAAUAUAUUAAUCCAAAGUUGAUUAUUUCCCUCUUUGUUUUUGGAUGUUACUUCUUCUCAAGGAAAGAUCAUAACAUAAGUCUUUAGACAAAAAAAACUCAUCUACUAUUGUAUGAAAAGAGAGGAUUCAAGGCAUAUACAGAUCACGAGGGAGACUGUGUUAAGAGUUGUUGCAAUACUUCAAGCUCUUUAGAUGGCCUGAUCUAAACAGAGGGCAGGCGCAUAAUAUUUUGUUUCUCCUGUACCUCUGGUGAAACAAUGGUGCGCAAACCUGGCCAAGGUUAUGAAUGAUUCUGUAUCUCUCAGCCUAACAUGUUUAAGAAAAUCCAAACGAAGUUGCAGAAAAAAACACAACUUGGAGCUUGAAGAGGAGUGGUCUCCCUGUGCAAAAUUAUUCCAAGAUUUGAUGCUCUAUAUCACUUGAUUAAGCAACAGCAAAUCAAUUGUCUCAAAGACUAAAACGAAUACGAUCUAGAAUUUAGAAUUGGAAAUUAAAUUAUUAUAAUAAUUUAAUUAUUUUCUGUUAAAUCAUUCUAGAAAAUCAUUUAGAACUUAUUUUAGUAUUUUAAUUAAAAAUUCCACCAAAAUACUUUAGAACACAAGUUAAAAUAUUUUCAAUAACAUAAGAUUUCUAGAAACACUAAUAUUUCUAGACAUACUCUAAAACUGACAAAUUAAAAUAUUUUCAAUAACAUUAGAUUUCAAAAUACCCUGUGAAUUAACAAGUUUAAUAACUAGAUUUUUGAGUGACUUUUCUAAAAUUCACAUUUAAAAAGCGGACUUUUCAAUUAAUACAAAUCAGUUCAACAUAUCAAAUGAAUGCAUCCAUUGUGUGUCUUUCUUUGUCUUAGUUUUAGUUGUGGAAUGUGUUGGGCAUUUGUUUCUCCUCACUUGUCAGUCAUUCACCUUACGAUUUAAGGACUUCCGGAAUCGGCAAAACGAACGGCAGACAAAUAAAAUAAGCUAAUUAUAGAAUUUAAACAUUGCCAAUCAUUUUGCUUCUCAUAAAUAGCAAGCAAUUUUAAACCAUCAAAAUUAAAAAAAAGUUUAUAUCCAAAACGAAAUAAAACAGCAAAAAGAAAAGAAAGAACAUAACAAAAUAAAUAAAUAAAACUUCCUUUGCAACUAACUGAUCUUUCAAUACCACUUUCGGUUCUCUGUUUCGCUGAGGCGGAAUCAGAGAAUCGCUUCAAGUUAAGCAUUUGAGGCACAACAAGUUUUGUUAUAUCGAAUCGUUUACGGAGAAGAAGCAUUUCAAGUG